AUGGAUGGUGAGAACAGUUGCGAUGCUGGCUUGACCUUAAUACAGGAAACAAGCAGAGAACAACUGGAAGCAAUUGAUCAGCUUCAGGCAGAAAUUAAAAAACGUACUACGCAGAUGAAUACGCUGCACCAGCGAUUUGCUUUUUUGCAAAUUCAAACAUUGUUGGAUACUAAAAAAGAUGAUUUUAUUAAGAAACAAAUUCAGCACACGUGUGCUCAGUACACGGAAUUGAAUGCUGCAUCUAUGCUCACCGAAAUAACUCGACUUCGGCACCACAUUAUCUUGUAUAAGGAGGUCAAUCCUGAUGAGCAGGUUGCAAACUGGUCAGCUUUAGAUUUGCUUCGCUGGGUGUAUAAGUGGAAGCUGCAAGAAAGUUUAACUAACUUUGUUGUCACAUUAAGAAUCUUUCUUACUAUCACUGUUUCUACAGCGAGUUGUGAAAGAAGUUUCUCAAAACUUAAACUAAUUAAAACAUAUCAGAGAUCUACAACGAGCCAAGAAAGACUGAGUAAUCUAGCAAUACUGUCCAUUGAGAGAGACUUUAAUGUAGAUUUCAAUUCCGUUGUUGAAAAAUUUGCGCUAAUUAAAAGCAGGCGAAUUUAA